AUGUAUGGCGUUAAAAAGUUUAAACUUCGCCAUAUUUAUUCAUAUUUUUUAACAAUACUGUUGUUGAUACUGAUUUAUGAAUAUUAUUCCUGGAAUGUUAAUACGGUGAUGUUACCGACAAUUAUUGUGAUUACACCAACUUAUUCACGUCCGGAACGAAUAGCUGAUAUGACUAGAUUUUCUCAAACUUUAAUGCAUAUUAAAAAUUUGCAUUGGAUUGUCAUCGAGGACGGCAACAAAACAGUUGAUGCUGUUAAAAGGUUAUUGGCAAGAACGGGACUAAUUCAUACAUAUUUUUAUACAACAACUGAGUACAAAUUUCCAAGACGGGGAUGGUCACAUCGGAAUGCAGCACUGAUGUAUAUAAGAAAAAAUUAUGCUUCGUAUCGUAGGCCUGGAGUUGUUUUUUUUGCUGAUGACGAUAAUUCUUACGAUAUUCGGUUAUUUAACGACUAUAUUCGUAAUGUUAAAACAAUUGGCUUUUGGGCUGUCGGUCUUGCUGGAGCAGCAAAAGUUGAAGCACCACACGUCGAAAAUGGUACAAUUGUUGGAUGGGAUGUCGUCUAUGCACCAAAGCGUAAAUUUGCCAGUGAUAUGGCCGGAUUUGCCGUUAAUUUAAAGUUGAUCUUAACCACAAAUGCAUCAUUUCAUAGAGGUUGUGUAAAACGGGCACCAGAGACAUGUUUUUUGGAACAGUUCAAAGUACGACUAAACGAAACGCAAGCAUUUGGCUGGGAUCAAGAGCCAAAGGAUAUACUUGUUUGGCAUACAAAAACAAGAAAUAUUGGAACUCAGGGCGAAAAACAUGGCUAUGUUGUUGAACCCUAA